AUGGUUCAAGCUAAAGCGAGCAGCGACAGGCAGUUCAGCCCGCCGCUCACGCCGGUCUCGCAGUCGACACAGGUAGCGACACGAGCAUUCUCGGUCCCGAGCGCACAGCUUCUCACCCAUGCUCCGACGUCUUCUCUGGACGAGACGCCGAGGCGGAAGAGCAUGGCGUCAGGGAGUCUCAAGCGCAGGGACAUCAGCUUCAGCGUGCCGCCAACCGACAUCACGAGAGGCCCGGUAACAGCGGAAGCGUCGAGUCCGAGAGUUCGUCUGAAACGGGUACGCAGGACUUCCAUGGGUCCACCAGCUAGCCCACACACAUCGAGCUCUAGGGCCAAACCUGUUCGCCGUCUGCCAAGACCUUGGCAGGUGAGAGACGACGAAGAAGAUGGGGACGAAAGCCAAGACGAAAUCGACCUCUUAACAAUUCCAGCCUCGCAGCCAGCUCCUGCCAAGCGGAUAAGUUCGGAAAGCAAGCGAGCCGAGACACCUGCGCCAGUGCGUCACGAUGAGCCUCUACCGACACCUGUGGAAGAAGGUGCGGGCACUAGUGCAAGCCAGACAACUCAGAGAUCGGUACCACCAUCGCAGCAAACGCCUACGAAGUCGAAGAGGCCGAAAAGCAAGCAAGCCGAGGCAUCUGUGCCGGUGCGCGGCGACGACUCAUCGCAGCAAACACCUGCGAAGCGAAUCAAACGCUUGGCGUCGGGAAGCAAGCAAGCUGAGGCACUACCAGGUGUCGAUGAGCCUCUGCCAACCCCCAUGGCAGGAGAUACAGGCGCGACCGCAAGCCAGGCGAGUCUGAGCUUGGUAGCACCAUCACAGCAAACAUCCGCCCAGCGAACGAGAUCGGAAAGCCAGUGGGACGAGACAUCCCCAGCGUGUCAAGAUGAUCUUCCGCCAGCACCAGUCGCAGGACAUACACGUCGGAGCCCAAGCGAGGAGAGUCAGAGCUCUGCAUCGCCGCAGCCGACAUCUGCUGAGGGCAUGCGAGCUGGAAGUCAGCAAGCCGAGGCACUUGCAGUGCAUCACGAUGAGCCUCUCCCAGCACCUGCCGCAGGAAAUAUUCGUCCUGGUCCCAGCCAGCAGAGUCAAAGCUCGGUGGCACCAGUGCAGUUGACAGCAUCGCCACCGACACCUGAACAGAGCAUGCCACGUCAAAGCCCACCGGAGCAAGCGGCUGCGCAGCAAAAGAGGUCGGAAAGUCAGCAGGCCGAGGCUCCUACAAUGCGUCGCGACGGACAGUUGACACGGUCGAGCCCCAGCCAACGCGAUCAGAGCUCGGUGGCGCCCUUGCUGCCGGCGCUAGCUCAGGGGAUGCGACCUCCGAGCUCAUCGCAGCCGGCACCUGUACGACCUCCGAGCUCAUCGCAGCCGACAUCUGCACGACUUCGAAGCUCAUCGCAGCCGACACCUGAUCAGAGUAUGCAAAGUCGGAGCCAAGGGGACAAGGCACAUGCGGAUCGUCGCGACGGACAAGUGCGCUGGAACCCAAGGCAGGAAAGUGCGAGCUCGCUGGUAUCAGGCUAUUUGGAGGCGGUCUUGGAACCGCCAUCGAGCGCGCAGAAAAGCGAGUACUUCGUAAUGCCGACGAUCCACCCUCCGGAACGGUGGGAGAGGAAGAAGACGGUCAGCCCCGAGAGAACAGGGCAUCCCAGCCCUGGUGGUUCGACUGACUCGUCACUGUCCAGGGCGGGGACUCCAAAGAGGAAAGCAGCUGCAUUGGCGGAAGAGAAGACGCGAUCACUGAUGGUCAACUACGCAAGGCUAGCUGCUAGAAAGGGUGACGAUUAUACGGUUGUGCGCGUUCAACGCCGCCCGGGCACUGCGAUUGAUGUGGAUGCAGAGGAUGCGUCGGUGAUUGGACCAGGAACGAGGCGUCUACCUCGCACGCAGCCUGCUUCGAACCAGCUGUCGCCCCGCAGCUUUGGUCCCGCUUUGCCAUCCGAGCUCGAUGCUCACGCCUCUAGCUCGCUUGCAUCGGUACUUGUGCCCGCAAUUCCCUCGGCAGAUGCGUCGCUCGAGGCGCUUGCACUGGCCGAUGCCAAUGGGCUGGCGGAGGCAUGGCUGUUGAUCUCCCAGACCCACACACAUGUGCAGCUGCUCAACGAUCGACUGCAAUCCACACUCUCCUCGCUAGGCAUCUCGCGCCGAAACGACGGCAGCCGCCUCAAUGCGUACAAGAAGCAGGCGGACAGAGGCUUGCGGUGGGCCAACGCACUGGCGAGACAGAUCCACAUUGCCCUCCGAACCGGCGCAAAGUCGAUCGAAGUCUGCCAGUUUCCCGAAGCAGCCCCGAGACAGCCGCGCAGAACAGCAAGCCAAACAACAAGCCAAACAGCAAGCCAGACAGCAACGCUUCAGUCAAGCCAGCUUCUGCGCACGCAGUAG